AUGGCUUCCGAGAGCACCGAGCUGAAGGAGGAGCAGAUCCCUCCUCAGGAGGAGGGUGUCGACGAUGAGGAGGAAAUUGCCGCGAUGAAGCGCCGAGUUGCCGAGAUGGAAUCCGAGGCCGCCAAGUUGCGCGACAUGCAAGAGACACUGGACCAGCAAACCGAGGGCCUCCAGGAAAACAAAGAGGACAUUGAUGCGCGGAGUGUAUUCGUCGGAAACGUGGACUACGGUGCUUCACCUGAGGAGAUCCAGGCACACUUUCAGAGCUGCGGUUCCAUUAACCGGGUGACUAUCCUGCUGGACAAGUUUUCCGGCCAGCCGAAGGGUUAUGCCUACGUCGAAUUUGCCGAGCCCAGUCUUGUGGCCCAGGCGUUGGUUCUGAAUGAGAGUGUCUUCCGUGGCCGCAACUUGAAGGUCACUCCUAAGCGCACCAACGUCCCUGGAAUGACCCGCGGUCGUGGACGGGGUGGAUUCCGUGGCGGCCGUGGGCGUGGUGGCCCCCGUGGAAGCUAUCGGGGUGGAUAUCGGGGUCGGGGUCGUGGCUAUGCUCCCUACUAA